CCCAUCCCGCCGCCCCGUCCCGGACGCGCCCUGCCGUCGGCGCCCGACCGAUUCGCCGAGCCGCGCCCCGCCCGAAUGGAGUCGGCGGAGGCGGGAGGCGGCAUCGCCGCCACGAGGAGCGGCCUGGCUGCCGUGCAGGCUGCCAAGGACGCCGCCGCAGCGAGCAUGCUGUGUGAUGAACAUGUCGGAGAUACUGCUCAGCCACCAUCAGCACAAGCAGUACAAGAACUUGUUGAUUCAUUCUCAGAGCAACAGCUUGAUGCUACAGAAAUACAAGAAUCAAUGCAUGGUGGGAUCGGGAAACAAGCAAAGAACAACACAAUCUUUAGUCCCAAGCGAGUUGGAGGCGGAUCGUACAGGGAGAUGUUGGCGAACGAGGAAAGGUUCAUGGCUACACGCCGUUCUUCCUGGGAACAUCUUUGGAGCCGCACAUGUGGUUCUUUGGAAAACUACACGUUUAUGACUCCCAUACUUUAUACAUACGGAACCAUCCCAGCACAUGUUGGUCCCUGCGCUUUCUUGCAGAUCUUCUCCAUCCAAGUCAUGGAGAAUGAAGAGUGGAAAAUCAGGUGGCCAGUGGAGGUAUAUGGCUUCAUUGCCGCUCGAGACACCGUGGAUCACAAUCGCAACCUUCUGUUCAGCCGUACAAGGGAUGACCCCCAAAUUCUCACUCAACAGGAUUCAUUUUUGAAGUUGACUGGCCCGUGUCGCCCGAUUGUGCUGAUCGACCCCGUUGACUUUGAGAUUCAACUACAAGUGAAGGGCACAACAGAGUGUGAAGAUGAAACACUGAUGGCGCGAUGGUUUGAAUAUUCACAUGGUUUUGGAUGUUAUGGUGAGCUUGCCUGUCGUCGUUGGGACGGCAAUUUUUCCACUAUAGAGGUCACCUCUGCGCUACUUGCCAGAACGGUUGUAGCAACUAUUAUCUCUGCUGAUAUUAUUGAAGGGUCAUGGCCUGAUGAUUCUAGAGGUCGUGUGGUUGCCCGUACUGCUGCCAUAGAUAAGGACAUUCUGCUGCUUGACUCUGGAGAAGAACCAUUGAAAGUGGAUCCAGACGGUCGUGUUACCCUUCAAAGAGGCGUUGUUUGCGUGGAACGUCAGGGGAAGCUCACGGUUUCUAUGAAAGCCUACUCGAAGGAAGGUAUUUUUUAUGCAGAUUCUGUUGAAUUCAGGCCCAAAAAGUCUCUCACAAGUAUCGGUAUUUGCAACCUUGGAUUCUGUACGGUGCAGUUCAUUGUUGGUUGGUCCCCAAUGGCAACGAAGUCUGAUCUGAUGUACUUUGGCAACUGAGUUGAAGUGCAUCUACUAUGUAGUGUUGCCAUCCCAGUAGUGUGUUUAAGAUGUAGAGCUAAUUAUGUCCAUUAACAAGACAUGCUUGGUCAAGUGUCCAAACUGUUGCUAUGUAAGUGUCCAGACUAUUUAUGAAUCAUGUUUGGCAAACUGUGCCUGAGCUUGGGUACUUGCUUA